AUGUCUGUCGAUGUCGUUGAGGAGACUGCCGUCGAACAGAAUGUCGAGAGUUUGGCAGUGGAGGAGGUGGCAGCGGAAGAGGGUGUUGAGAUGGCUGCUGAAGGCGGCGUUGAAGGAGGUGGCUGUAGGUACAGUUUAGAGGAAGAGCAGGUAUACGAAUUUGUGCUGGAUCCGGAGCUUUGCGAGGAGAUAGGUCCUGACCUUCUGGCCGAAUUUGUGUCCAAACUGACACCUGAGCUGUUCUCGCGGCUAGCGGCGGGCGAGACUGAUGCCGACAGUGGGGAGGGGGCAGAUAUGAGAGCUCUAGAAAUCUGUGUUGAGAAGGCAGAAGAAGAGAAAGAUGUAUUACCGAGUCUAGUUGAAGUUCAGGAGGUGGAAGAAGAGAAUGCCGUGGAGGUACCUCUGGAGGGGGAUGAAAAUUUCGUGGAUGUGGAUGUCCCCAUCGAGGAAGAACAUGCCGAAGUCGUUAUAGACGAUCGGGAGCCGGAGGUUGCGGAUAUUGAGCUCGACUUGGAUCCCCUGGUCGUACCAGUGGUGGGCGAGGUAAUCAUGGAUAGCCUGGGUCCAGACUUGGUCCCGCCGCCCGCCGAGACGACAAUUGUAAUAGAAUCCACCGCUGACGAUGACGACGAGAAUGUCACCACUGUGGCAUUGGCCAAAUCCGGCGGGAUUCUGGUCAGCACCGCGGUUACAGCCACGACGGCCGCUGCUGCAGCUGCAGGAGGUGUCGUCAGCGCUGCGCCAACGUUCGCGCUCACCAAGGUUCCAGUUACGGCAGUGGCCACUCUGAGUACCGCUGCUCUACGGCCGCAGCGGCCACAGCCACCAGUUGUCACAGCCACCACCACCAUGACAGUUCAAGAGAUGGUUGCUGUGGCAACGGGUCAAGUUCGUGGGCUACCGGUGAGCAGCGCCGUCACCACUGCGGGUGGCAGUACCCCCGCUGUGGUCUCAGUCACCAACCUCACCUCUGCCCAGCUGCAGCCCGCUCCGCAGAGGAUCUCGGCCGUAGCAGCCGUGAGCCAAGUGACUGCAGCUCAAGGGGUGGCCAACGUGCAAGGGGGCCGCAGUCUCACUGCUUCUCAGCUGCAGGCAAUGCGUCAAGGCAACUUUCUGCGCCAACAACAGCAGCAACAGCAGAGGAUGCAGGAGCAGCAGCUCAAGCAACAGCAGCUGAAGCGCCUCCAACAGCAGCAGCAGCUGGCCGCGGCUGGUGGCACCACCCAGGCCACCGUGGCGGUGCCCGUCAGCCUCGCAGCGGGUACGGCCAAAGUAGCCGUGUCGGCCGCGGUUCAGCAGGCGCGCCCCCUGUCGCAGCAACAGCAGCAGCAACAGGCCUCCACAGCGCAGCAACAGCAAGCUCAGCAACAACAGCAGGCGGUUGCAGCGGCAGUGGCAGCCGUGAAGGCGGCCACGCCUCUGGGGACCGCGAAGCAGCAGACGGCCAUAACGCGCAACCUCACCGAGGCCGAGAUGGCUCAGCUGCUCAAACGUCGAGAGCUCCAGCAGAAGCAGAUGGCAGCUGCCCACCUCCUGGCACAGGCGCAGCUUCAACAGCAGCAGCAGCAGCAAGCGCAGCAGCAGCAGCAGGCAGGCCAACAGACGCAGCAGGUGGUAGCCGUCUCCCAGCAACAGCAGUCCCUGGCCGGUGCAGUACAGACGCCCGUCGCCACACUGGUCAAGACAGUGUCGGCACCAUCAGCGCUCGGGCCCAGCCAGACUGCCGUCACCAUUCCCGUCUCAGCAGUCACCAUGGCGGGCGUCAACAUCAACGUUAGCCUCGCGCAGCAGGGAAAAGUGAACACCUCGAAACCGACCACCACAGCCUCUGUGACACCGCAGCAGAUGCAGCUGCGGCAGUUACAGAUUCAGCAGCAGCUGCUGCAACAGCAGCAACAGCGAAAAGUUACACUCCAGACGCAGCAGAAGGUGGCCGGCCUCUCCCAGGCUCAGCUGCCGACGGGCAAAGCACCGACAGUGGCCACCCAGUUGGGCACAGUGCAGAUAGUUCAGCAGGGGUCGGGACAAGGGGCCAAGGCCACAACCCUGCCGUCAGCCACGGCCAUCACUGUACAGCAGAUCAUCAAGCAGGUGCUGCCUGUAAACCAGAACUUUCUGGUGUCGAGUGCGGUGCAGUCAGCGGCGGGUGGUAGCUCCAGCGGCGCGACCACAGUCAGCCCGGCGACUCAGGUGCAGCUGCACGCCAUGCUGCACAAGCCAGCCGUGAGCACGGUAGCCCUGGCUGCACCGACAGCGGCCUCUUCGGGGGCCACUGCAGCCACCCUGGUGCCCACCCGCAUCAUGGCGCUGCAGCAGCCACCCGGACAGCCCACCGCAGUGGCCCUCAAGCAGGGCCUGCAGGUGAUCGCAGCCUCGGCAGGAACGGCGCAAACCUCGUCCUACACCGUCGAAGGCUCUGCAGCCGCUCCCCUUGUUGCCAGCAUCGUAGCCGACGCGGCUGCCCUGAAGCCCGUGGAAGGUGGCACCCUGCCCAAAGCCAUUGCCGUGGCAGUCACCACAGCCACCGCAGGUACGGACAACUCUGUAGUGCCACCCAACGUGACGGCGCCGUCUUCGACGGAGACCAUCACCCGGGCCGUCAGCGUCGACGUGAGCGCUGCCACCGUGCAGGCGGUUCAGGCGGCCAUCGAAGCGGCUCGUCAACAGGGCUCACUGCCGUACACCAUGCGCCUGAGGAACAACCCGCCCAAGCCCGCAUAGUGGACUCCUCCUCUCGUGCACUUCCUCGUGUAGGCGUCUGUUCCGGCCAGUGCGCGUAAAUGUGUUCUUCUCACUCGCUCGAUGUGUGUGUACGUGUCCGCUUGUCGUGAUAGUGAAUAAGCAGGAACAGAACUGUGUACACCACGUGUUUGUUUCAAUUGCGCGUCAAACGAGUGCUGGAAGGUGGCGAACGUUUGUUUUCUCCCUGUUCCGUCGGCCGAGUCACCGUUAUAAAAAAAAAGGAAAAAAUGCGGACUGCUUUUUAAAUUGUUUUGUCUCUCGAAGGCGACCCUUUGCCUUAGAUGUUGGUGCGUUUUUCCUGUGCUUUUCCCCGACCCUGGUGGCUGGAGACAAAUGUUUAGGAUGCAUCUUUAGGAGCUUCAUUCCACUAAAAGAAAAUGGCGUACAGGGGACUGUUUUAGAAAAAAAAAACACAUUGUGAGUUCAAUGCAAGUUUCACGGUCCGGGCACAUGGAGUGCAACACUGUAUCGAGAGUUUUGAGUGAUGAAAUUCUGUGCCUUUACACUUGCAUAUUGUUGACCUUUCUUGACGUUUUGUUUAGUUUCUUUCUCUCUCUUUUUACAUUUGUUUCUUGCUCUCUUUUUGUUUUGUAAGUGCAAGUGUUUGGGCACAGUCAGCUCUGCGUCUCCUCGUGUGCAAGACCGCAGGGCUGCUCGUUGUACAGCUGACACUCAUCUUGUACAUAAAGCCUCAUUUCGAACACCCUGGUAUUCGUGUAUGUGUCUCACUCACAAGUGUCACCUUGCUGUACAGAGUGCACCAAGUGGAAGAACGAGUUCACAUUACGCCACUUCGUCUUACGUGAUCUUUGUAAUUUAUGCGAAAAAAAAGGGAAUAUAAAUAAAUGAAAGUGCUUUUGUUA